GGGAGAGAGCCUUAUUUACUGAACGUGUGACGUGGCCGCUGCGCAGCCGCAGUCUGCUACCUAGCUGGUCUGCUAACGAGAAAGAAGAUGGAUUCUCCCAUACUGGAACCAUCCUUGUACACUGUCAAAGCAGUUCUGAUUCUGGACAACGAUGGAGACAGGCUAUAUGCCAAGUAUUAUGACGAUACGUACCCAACAGUGAAAGAGCAGAAGGCGUUUGAGAAGAACAUAUUCAACAAAACACACAGGACAGACAGUGAGAUAGCAUUACUAGAAGGCCUCACUGUUGUCUACAAGAGCAACAUAGACCUCUUCUUUUAUGUGAUUGGAAGUUCCCAUGAAAAUGAGCUUAUGCUUAUGGCUGUUCUGAACUGCCUUUUUGAUUCGCUCAGUCAGAUGUUGAGAAAGAAUGUGGAGAGAAGGGCUUUGUUGGAGAAUAUGGAGGGGCUCUUCCUGGCUGUGGAUGAAAUUGUAGAUGGAGGAGUGAUCCUGGAGAGUGACCCCCAACAAGUUGUGCACCGUGUGGCUCUCAGAGGGGAUGACGUGCCUUUGACAGAGCAGACAGUCACCCAGGUUCUCCAGUCUGCCAAAGAACAGAUCAAGUGGUCGCUUCUACGAUAAAGUCACCGCUGCACCAGUCUACCAUUGAGCCGCUGUUCACCCUAGUCUUUUUGGCACUGACUCCUUUUCCUCUGAUAUUCCACUCCUUCAAUUUAAGCUGUGAGGACUACCACAGGCUGAUCCAGUUCCACUCCCAGGAUUACUGCUCCACAAAGUUUAAUUUUCCAAUCUUUUUCUUAAUUUUGUUUUGCACAGACCUGUAUUGUAUGACAUAAUCAAAAUGAGGAUAAGAUAUGGUGUGCAUUCCAGUACUGCCUGAUUUGUUAGGUUGUUUUUUUGUAAAGGCAUCUAGGUGUUAAUUGAACCAGGGAGUCGGUCUCAUAUCUAAACUCAUCAUAGCCUGUUGCAACAUUCCAACUGUAUCCUUGUACAAGAAUUUUAUCCCAUUUGACAUCACUGUCAUCUUACUGUACAAAGUAUUGAGGCGCUAUCUCUAUCAUUUAAUUUACAUGGAUAUUGUGAUUUAACAAAGGUGUACAACUUGUACUGUAGUCAUACCAAUAAUCACAAAGGUAUGCUGUGAAUAUAUUUUGUCCAAGGAUCUUACAUUGACAAGAUACUUAUAAUAAAUGUUUGUUGA